GGGCCCAGUCUGUGCGAGGACGGUCGGUGUAGAGGUAGUGUGGCGCGUGCGUGUAUGGUGCCUCUCCGGAUAUCCCUAGACCCACCCCCUCGACACCAUGACCAACCUAGGAUUCUAUUUAUUUGUCUUCUUUCUCUUUCUUGACGGGACGCUGACACAGCAGAGGCGGAGCAACAAGAACUCGCAGGCCUCCAGCACGAGUGCUUCCCAAGUGGUGGACUUUGACUGUCCCGAGGAGUUUGGAUAUUACCCUCACCCUGCCGACUGUACGCAGUACUAUGUGUGUGUCUUCGGCGGCGCUCUGCUGGAGUCCUGUACUGGAGGGCUUAUGUACAGCCAUGAACUGCAGACUUGCGACUGGCCCCGCAACGUGGGUUGUGGAGAGCUGGUGAGCACGGUGAGCUCUGCCAAGGCCCAGGAACCGCGGCUCAGACAACCUCAGCAGCAGCAGCACCUGAGGUCCCAGCAGCAUCGCGAUCAGCAGCAGCAGCAGCGCGAUCAGCAGCAGCAGCAGCGCGAUCAGCAUCAGCAUGAUCAGCGGCAGCAGCAGAACGAACAGCGGCAGCAGCAGCCGGUCCAGCAGUUCCCGCCUCAGCGACUGCUCCAGCGGGACGAAGCCAUACCCAAGCACCAUCUGUACACGGAGGAGGAUCUGGGACCAGCAGAGGAGGUGGAGAGCGACCGCCAGCAGAGAGUAUACCGAGGACAACCUGCCACACUAGGCCAGGUGGCUCGGGACAGAGACGGACUUAGCAGACAUUCUAACGCACUUCAGGUUGCUCCCGGAAAUGGAAGAGAGAAAUUGUCAGUUAUCUCAUUUGGGACUCAGCAGCAGUACAGCCGCCAGAGCAUUGCUCCACCGUAUAUAGAGCCGACCACGACCCGAGUGACUGCCCGAGGGUACAAUGCGACACAGCAACAACAACAACAGUACACUCCUUCUCCGUACGACCCGUACUACAACAUAUACGAGGAUGAGGCCGAUCUGUACAAGGACAUCGGUAAGCUAUCAGACUACAGCCAAUACUCGGGCCAGCAGAACCAGCAGUACCAGAAGCAGUCUCCAGUAGUCCAGCAGCAAGUACAGGCCACUCCAUCACGAAAACCAUCAGUGCAAUACAGUCCCCCUCCACCACAGCAGUCGUACAACGCUGUACAGCAGGAUGUGUACUCCCAGUCUGUUGGUGCUCAGGACUACAGCGAUAACUAUAACCUCCAGGAUGAAGAUAUUGACUACAAGCAGUCUGAUAUAGACCUGAAGAGCAACAGAUCGAGAUCUACAAAACGAGAAGAAGCAGUCAAAACACCCGAUGGAGCUGAAAAAGAAAGGCAAAAACAAGUUCAACGUAAUUUCCCUCGCAAUAGGCAUUUAACUCUUACAGCUGCAUUUUCGUUCGAAGAUGAAAAAUUUCCAGUAACAUCUUCUAAACAGUUGGAAGAAAAUGUAAGGCAAAGAUCAAAUUCUUUCAGAGUGGAAGAUCCACCUAGUAGUGGGCCUUCGCGAGAUACGCACGAGUUAGUGCUAAAUUAUCUACGACAGGAAAAUCCUACAAGUACAGAAAAACCCAAAAUCUCAGAUGAAACAAAAACAAUAUCAGAAAUCAACGCAAAUAGAGGUUCUGUAAAUGUUGAAUAUUCCAAGAAGGACAACCAACCAAAACCAUUCUCUUAUUAUUUGGAUGACCUUGAUACUAGUCACAUUUCUUCCACACCACCCCCUAAAAGGGACACAAAUAUUGAAGCUGAUUUCGGACAUCAGUCAAAGUCGAGGCCUUUCAGAAUAAUUGUACCAAGUAGUACUUCAAACCCUCUCAGAAAUCCAGUUACAGAGUCAGAUCAAGUUACAGAUAAACCAAAAUACACGAUUAGAAGAGGAAACAGGUACCAUUAUGAUAAUACUGAAACAUCAACUCCAGCAAUAGAAACUCCUUCAGAAACUGUGAAGCCUUACAAAUUACCUCCUCUUACAAAAGAAACUAUAGAGUCCCUUCCUAUACAAUUAUCUUCCCAAACUACUCAGGAAUCAGUGGAAAACUUUAGAAGAGCAUACCAAAGGAAUAUGGAAGAACAAACUGGUACAAGGAGAAGAUUGCCAAACAUAAAUAAUGAAUUUUCAAAGACUAUUCAAGAUGAAAAUAUUCAAUUCGUACCAGUUAAUCCAUCAAGGAGCCUUCAGGAAGAUUCUAUUGCGUUAGCAAGAACACAUAGAUUCCAAAAUCGUUCAAGAAUUACAGAAAACACUCCUAAAAUUAUAAAUAGACAACAUGCACAGUUAUCUACUGAAAUAGAAUCACCAUCAAAAGAAAUUAAUUCAUCAGAUUUGUCAAGCAAUUUGAAAAGUGGCAGGCAAACAAGUACACGAAUCAUAAGUAGGCAGCAUUCAACUGCCUCUACCACAGAAGAAAGUAUUUUUAAAUUUAUUCCUAUUCAAGCAGUAAAAAGCAGAGAUGAUUAUGAAGCCAGUCAAAAUCAAGAAACGCAACCCCAAAAAAUCCACAUAGACGAUCUUCGACCAGAUGUUACAACAAACACUGUACAACCAAGAAAAACAGGAAAUAAUCUGUACCAAGUGACAGAAGAUAUUGAGAGUUACACACCACUUUAUCAUGCCACAAAAAGGAAAUACCACACACAUACUACAGAGGAACCUACAGAUAAUAAUAGAAAAUCAAAUAUAUUAAAUUCUGAGGAUAUCAUAAUAAAAGAGAAUAAUAAGGACUCGGCGUAUGAUUUCUCAAGUACUACCAGAACACCAGUAAGAUUCUUCCAAACUACAGAAAAAGUUGUCCCUAAGCCAGUAUAUUCAUUGAAAAUUGAUAGGGAAAACAACGCUCAAGUUGGUGGUUUUAUUCUAGCAACAUUAGAAACUAUCACUGUUCCACCUGUUGACUCUAAAAGUGCAAAUGACAAUGCUGCCAAUAUCAGAAAAACAAGUUCAAUUGAACAAAAGCACACUGUUGGCAAUAACCAAGAUGGCAAUAGUGGAGGUACAAUCCAAAAUGAACAACAAAACAGCUACUAUGCCAUUGGUAAUAUACAGAAUAAUCAAAUUAGAAUUAGGAAUCGGGUCAGACCUGCAACAAGGAAUGGCUUUAAAAAUGAGUAUAAUGCAUACUCAACAUCAGUAGAACAAAGUACAGAAUAUAAUCAUGAUGAACAAGUAACAAUAACUACUGCUCGUCCAAGAAUACGUAAACCUCAAGACUCAAUCAUAAAUCCCAGCACAGAGAGCACGCCUUUAAAUAAUAUCAAUGAACAAGAAAAAUUAGACGCGGGAAGAAGAAUAAUUAAUUCAAGAACAAAUACUAAAAUAAACCCAUCAAAAGAAAGAAAUGGAAAUGAUGAUGAACAUUUCAAUACUGAAGUUGAUUCUGUGGCAGAUUUAGAAAGUGUUAACUACAAUCAGAGGAGAAGACAGUUGAAAAAUAGAAAUCGUUUACAAUUGGUAACAGAAGAACAAGGAGAUCGACAGGAGAGUGAUAAUAUUGAUUUCAAUUCUGAAGAAGAUAUAACUUUUAAUAAUAAAGAACCUUCUUUUGGAAUUGAAAGUUUGAAAGGAGAUAAUGAUGCAACUGACCUGAAUCAGAGGAAUACAAAUUUCUCAUUGGAAGCUCAGUAUAUUCCAAGAAGAAUAAAAACAUUGUCAUCAGCUGCUGUUACAAACAGAGCUGAAGCUGCUACUGAAGGGUAUGAUGAAGAUUCGAUCAGUGACUUUGCUCAAGACAGACAAUCAAAUGUUAGAAAAAUGCAUAUAAGAAAGAAAGUAUGGAAGACAACAAUUCAACCUCAAAGUUCAACAGACAAUUAUAAUAUAGAGGACAAUUCAUCUACAAACAGACCUUAUAUUGACUCAGGAAGGCAAAAUAAUUAUCAAAGGCUUCCAGUUGAACCUUAUGGUGAUAACGAAAUUAAAAGUACUACACAGACUGUAAGAGAUACUGGUUCAAAUAGACAAGAUAACUCGCCCUCAUUUAGAAACAGAGAUGAAUUUGUCAACAAUAGAAAUUAUCACUUCAAGAACAAUGAAGACCAGUACCUGGGAAGAGGUAAUGGACAGUUUGAAAAGAAAGAAAAUUCAAAUUUGAAAGCAAAUAGACCUACACUUGCAACUGUAACAGUUGAUCCAUAUGAGCUGAUAAAAUCUUCAUCAAAUGAUAAUAAAUCUAACAGAAGCAGAGGUUACGAUCAAACAACGUUUACAACACAAAAACCAGUUAUUUUGAGAAAUGGUGGUACUGAAACAAGGCCCACUCUGGAAUCUAAACCACUGUCUCCAUUAGCGAUGGAAAUAAAUUCAUAUUUUAAAGAACUUGUACAAAAUUCAACAUUCACUAAUACUACCGACAUGAAAGUUUCAACAACUCCUUACCCCAUGACAACAGUUGAAAGAAUAAGAGACAAGUUCAGGUUAGGGAACUUUCCAAAACCGACUCCGCCCUCAAGUACAUUUGCUAGGAAACCAAGCGUAGAAGACAUAACACCUCCACCCCUGCCUUCUGAUCGGUGUUCCCAGGAACUAGACAAUGAUUCUGAGUGCAACGAAAAACCGCUUUUAAGAGUCAGGCCUACCCCUGCUUCCCCAGAUAGCCAGGCCACUCCUGGUUUGACCAGGGGAAACAGCCGUAACAGAGGAAGUGCCACUUACACUGUUUCACCGAACGAAGCAGAGCCUGCUGCACCUGUCAACCGUGGCACCCCUGCUUCCAUCAGCAGAAACAGGCCAACUCUGAAGCCAUCGACUUCAGUUGUAUCAAAGGCAUCAGAAUAUGUUGAUAUCUACCGAUACCCUCCUUCUAGGCCUGAACCAAUCUACCCCACCCCUCAGGUGGACAAGACCGCUGCCAAGUGUCGUAAGGAUGUCUGUUUGCUGCCAGACUGCAGCUGUGGUGGCAAGGAAAUUCCAGGAGAUUUGCCUCCCGAACAAACACCACAGAUAGUUUUGCUGACUUUUGACGACUCCGUCAAUGACCUCAACAAGGGCUUGUACAGCGACCUGUUCGAGAAAGGUAGAACCAACCCCAAUGGCUGCCCUAUUGCAGCUACCUUCUACGUAUCACACGAGUGGACAGAUUACAGUCAGGUUCAGAAUCUUUACGCUGGUGGGCACGAAAUCGCUUCACACUCUGUGUCCCAUAGCUUUGGAGAGCAGUUUUCAGUGAAGAAAUGGACAAGAGAAAUCGCCGGACAGAGAGAGAUCCUAUCUGCUUAUGGAGGAGUGAGACAGGAAGACAUCAGAGGCAUGCGUGCACCAUUCCUUGCUGUUGGUGGCAACAAGAUGUUCAAAAUGCUUUACGAUUCCAACUUCACAUACGAUUCGUCGAUGCCGGUCUACGAGAACAAACCUCCCAGCUGGCCAUACACACUUGAUUACAAAAUUUUCCAUGACUGCAUGAUUCCGCCUUGCCCCACACGCUCUUACCCAGGAGUGUGGGAAGUUCCGAUGGUGAUGUGGCAGGACCUGAAUGGAGGCAGAUGCUCCAUGGGAGAUGCUUGCAGUAACCCUCCCACAGCGGACGGUGUAUACAAGAUGCUUGUCAAGAACUUUGAGCGUCACUUCACAUCAAACAGGUCACCGUUCGGGCUGUUCUAUCAUGCAGCAUGGUUCACACAGCCGCACCACAAAGAAGGCUUCAUCGCCUUCUUGGACACCAUCACUAAGAUGCCGGAGGUGUGGCUGUUGACCAACUGGCAGGCCAUCCAGUGGGUGCGAGAUCCCACACCAAUAUCCAGGCUCAACAGCUUCGCUCCGUUCCAGUGCAAUUAUCCGGAAAGGCCACGAAGGUGUAACAACCCGAAGGUGUGCAACCUGUGGCACAAAUCUGGUGUGCGUUACAUGCGGACCUGCCAACCCUGCCCAGAUAUCUACCCCUGGACUGGCAAGACUGGGGUGAGGAACAGCCGAGUAGACAACGAGAUCAUCACGGAAUAGACGAGAGAACACGCUCAAAUCAAGCAUAUCACAAUGUGGUCACUUCUUCAUUUUCUGCUCAAGAACCUCUAUUUUAAAGAGGCGUCCAUAAAAUUGAAGGACUGGUCACAUGAAUAUUAAAAAAUUGAAUCAACUGCCAAAUAUACCAUUCUUAAAUUGAGAAAUUUUAUAUUUUUGAGUGCUAUUGAAUUAGCUUCAUAAAACAAGAGCAACUUUCAGUUACAAAAUUACUCAGGUUUAUUUUUUUAAACAGAAAAUGAAAGGAUAGGAAUAAUCUUGCCAAAUGCGUACCGGUGUAAAGCAAGGAUGUAAAUAUACUGAGCCCCAAGACGAUAUUCAAUGCCAGAGACUAUCUUAAUUUAUAUGUGAUCAAUAUACGGUAGUAUUUUAUAUUUAUUGUGUAAAUCUUUUUUUUACUUAGCAACCACUCAACGAUUGUGUAGCUUUACUUAGUUAGUUAGAGUGUAAAAUAUUUUGUAAAGUUCUGUGAUGACUGAAGAACAAGGUUGGUGAACCCUCCAGACUUUGCGAUCAAAACCGUCCAAAUGUUCCUCACCUAAAUAAAUCUGAUCUUUUUAAUUGCGAUGAAAGCAUAAUACUAAUUUAAUCAAAGAAAUUUUCCAGUUGGAAACCUACAAUCGAUUUUUUUACAGUGUUGUGAUAACAUUACCUUGUAAGUGUGAUUUCAAUAUGUGCAAUUUUAAAACGAGUUGAUUGUGGUAGCUGUAGAAGUUAAGCUGUAAAUGUACAAGCCAUUUUUAGGAAUAAAACAAAAAUAAAAAAAUAUUAUUUCAUA